AUGUGGCUAACCGUCAAACUUCUCUUUGGCCGGCGGUGCUUGCUCCAAGUCUCAGAGAAUGAGAAAGUAUUUAUGUUAAAGCGGCUAGUGUCGAAACAGCUUCACGUCCCAGAGGAACAGCAGCGGCUGCUCUUCAGAGGCCAGGUCCUGGCUGAUAACAAAUGUCUCUCUGACUAUUGUAUUGGACCCAAUUCUACACUCAAUGUGAUCCUUCGUCCCUUGGAGAUGGCCUCCCCCGAGAGACCUUCCCAGCCCCAGCCCCAGCCCUAGUCUGUGUCUCUGUCUCAGUCCUGGUCCCUGUGGCCUCAGCUUACCCAGAUUCUGGCCAAACAUUUUAGCCCUCAAGAUGUAGAGAAAGUGCUUAGCCAGCUAAAGGAAGAGAACAAGAAGAGUUUUCAACGGAUGAGCUUGGACGAGCUGGAGCGGGUCUCAAAACUCUUACACCCAGAAGGGAAGCAUCCGGGAGCCUCAGGUUCUCCUGUCCAGUCCAAAGGCAAUAAUAAGCCCCGAGGAGAUAUGAAAUGCAACCUAGCCCCCAAGGAUGGCUUAAAACCAGAAAAAUCACCCGGUAAAUAA